AUGGCACCGUUGGAUGAAAUUCAGGUCGGCGACGCCGUGAACGUCCCAGGUGGGAUGCACGGCACCGUUAAAUUUAUGGGAGUCGUCUCCGGAAAACCGGGCAGGUUUGCGGGCAUCGAGCUUGCUCCGGAGCACGCCAAGCGAGGGAAAAACAGCGGCGAUGUGGAUGGAAAGAAGUAUUUCGCGACCGCUACAGCAGGUUCAGGCAUUUUCGUGCCCCUCAACAACAACAAAUACGUCACCAAACGUUCGGCCUCCAAUACUCCCGCAACCCCUUCGCGUCCGGUCAACUUUAGCAAGUCUGUCGGCCCUAGCCCCUCUGUACCUCGCCCGCCUCAAAUGAGGCGUCCCUCCCUUCCCAGGCCGGAAUCCCCACGAGUGGCCACGACGCCAAAAUUGAGUCUGUCAGGGCUGCGGACUCCCUCUGGGGCAUCGAAAACAGUAUCGAAACCCGCCGCUAGCUCCAACGGCUACGCUCGAAGCCCCGUCAAAGCUGCCUCUCGCGCAUCCGAUCGCCCGCCAUCCCGGUUUAGUAUCGAAGAUGGCCCGUCCUCGGCCAGGACCUCGGAGUUCGGGAUCAACUCUAUGGGUCCGGAGGUAUCGGACCUGAAGGAGCAGGUCAAGGGCUUAGAGAAGCAGCUCUUGGAUCGCGACAAGCAGCUGGAAGAACAAGCAAAUACACUGGGGGAUUUUCAGAGAAUGCUGGAAGAGUUUGAGGGAUCGGAUGCAUUGUCAAUCCGUUCCCAGCUACGAGAGAAGAACGACCGCAUAGCCCAGUUGACUAUGGAGUUCGAUAUGCACCGCGCCGACUUCAGGAGCACGCUUGAUACAUUGGAAGUAGCAGCUUCGGAAACUGAGCGCGUCUAUGAGCAGCGGGUUGAAGAGCUCAUGCAACAGAACAAGGAAUUACUGGACCGCGGCGAGGACGUGGAGGCUGUUGCAAGACAACUCAAGCAGCUAGAAGAGCUUGUCUCCGAGCUUGAGGAAGGCCUAGAGGAUGCACGCCGUGGAGAGGCCGAGGCCAGAGCAGAAGUGGAGUUCCUACGUGGUGAAGUUGAACGAACAAAACUGGAGUUGAAAAAGGAGCGGGACGGCUCUGGCGGGCCUCGGGAGAAUCAUAUGAGUCCCGAUGGACAAUCACGGGAGCUCGAGCAGAAGGACGAUGAAAUCCGCGGGUUGAAAGCGAUUAUCCAUUCCCUGAGCAGAGGUGACCCUGACUUGCAUGCACUGCAGCAGAAUGGGUUUGGGACGGGCUCUCGAGCAGACCACAAUGCAGAUUAUGUGGCUGACCUAGAGCAGCGGGUUCAAGAAUACGAACGCGUUAACGAAAACAAAACAUACCGUAUCGAGGAGCUUGAGCGCGAGUUGCAGCAAUCCCAAACGACCGGUGAGGGUCGGGCCCGCAGUUCCACUAUUAAACAGUCAAGUUCCCAGCACAAACCAUCCGGCUCAACAGGCAAAAUCAGUAACGGGCAUACCGCAAACCAUGCCCAUCGGUUGUCUGAUCGAACUGUUGUUCCGAGUGAUUGGCAAGAUGAGCCUCCGCAGGAGGGGACUUACUCGUCCUACCCCUCCCACCGCCGUGGUGCCUCAGACACGUCUGCCCGCUUGGAGACAAUGCACGAAUCUGAUACCCGUUCAGAGGAUGGCGGUUCCUUGUGGUGUGAGAUCUGUGAGACCGGUGGUCACGAUAUUCUGAGCUGCACGAAUAUGUUCGGAGCAGAAGCCAAGAAUAAUAAACCCACUGAUACGGAGCAACCUCUACACAAAGAACUUUCUGAUGACGAGCAGUCCACCGGACCGCCUGCGCCUAAAGUAUCUCCACCGUCAAACCACAGCCAAAACACCACCCCCCAGAAGACCGGCCGUGAUGCGGUCCUCGAGGGUCUCCGCGGAGUGGGACUCACGUCAUCCAUGGCUCCUGUUGCAGGAAAAGCCAGUGGUGUACUCGACGAGUCCAAGUGGUGCGCGCUCUGCGAGCGGGACGGACAUGAGAGCAUAGAUUGCCCCACCUUACACCUCUUCUUCUCCUCGUCCCCGGCAAACUCCAUCACACCCUCCUUCACCUGCGUCCCCAAAUCUGUACAAAUAAACCUCUUCUCCCACACAACCUCUCCACACCCGCGACAAUACCAUCGCAGCACAUCCUCCGCCCCCUCAGCUCUCGGCUGCUCCAUCACAACCCCAACCGUAUCCGCAAACCGCACCGGGCAGGUAAAUAUUUUCGAUAUUGCGACUAUGGCGACCUCGCAACCUCCAAUCCGACUCACCUCGCACAAAAACUUCGUGCAUCGCCUUGUUUUCUCGACAUUAACUGGCCGAACCGUUCAUAUCUCGCAAAUUCGUCCUUCCUCUCCUACCAACCCCGGUCUUGCACCGCAUGAAAUCUCAUUCCUUCGUCUUCUCGAAGGUGUUACAAAUGGCUCGCAAAUGGAAAUCUCGUACACUGGUACGAUCCUUGUCUACAAACCUGGUCUUAUUACUGGAAGUGGCACCGGUGCUCCAAUAAAGGUUCUCUUCACCGGACCCGGAGUGAUUACUUCCUCAACACCGACCGGUGAUAUGUCUGUGGACAGCGUUCGGACCGCCAUUUUGCCGCUUUUCAAUCAGUUCGGUAUUUUCAACAACAUAGAAUUGCGUGUGCUCCGACGAUCAAACCCAGGCCCUAACGGAAGAGGAGGUGGUGGAGAGGUUCAAUUGGUUUUCGGCCACCAAGUUCGGUUGCCUAAGACUCUGCAUUUGAUGAAUGCUGGUAGGAUCAAGAAGGUCCGCGGCGUGGCAUAUUCCGUUGGUGUUUCUGCCUCAAAUAAUUCGAGAAUGAUCGAUGUUACUCGUGGCAUCCUCAACCCACUUGUCCCCGAUACCUAUAUUUUCUCGGAUGUCUCGUCUGCUCCGCUUGUUCCUGCACCGGAAAGGAACAACCCGUCAGCCAAGAAAAAGAUUGGACUCGGAUUUGGCUUGUCCCUGGUCGCAGAAUCUUCGACUGGCUGUUUGUUCUCCGCCGAUGUGGCAUCUCCCCCCAGUGGUGGUCAACCACCUGAGGACAUUGGGAAGCAAUGUGCAUACCAGUUGCUUGAGGAGAUCUCGAAAGGCGGAUGUGUCGCUCCCGCGGCUUUCUCGACCAUGAUCGGUUUGAUGACUAUGGGUUCUGAGGAUGUUGGGCGUAUUCAGGUCGGUCGUGACAUUAUCGGAGACGAAAGUUCAAUUCAACUUGCCCGAGAUCUGUCGAAGUUCGGUGCCCCAGGCUGGGGGCUACGAGACGCUGGUGACGAUAGCAACGACGUUAUAAUCAGCGUCGUUGGACGAGGUAUUGGUAACGUUGGACGUAAGGUCGCUUGA